UAAACCGGAAAAUCAAGGAACAGAGGAAAUCUUGCUUCGCCUCAAAGUCCCCGAAAACUAGACAUCAGGGGACCUAAUCUGUACCACCAGAGCAUCAAAUUCCUUUGCGAAACUAUAGCCUGAUUUGUUGGUCCGUGGCACGAAUAUAAUCGGCUUCAGUCUCACGAUCAAAAAAAGAGAGCUUUUUCAUGAAUUCAAUUCUUAGACAUGCAAGUGCUCAGAUGGAGAAACUUGUCGCAACUCCGAAAUACCUUUCUUCCGGGCCUUUCAGCGUCAUCAACGACGACCCAUUUCGCGUCUAUUCAUUCCACACCUAGUUCGUUCGACAAGUCGAAGAAUAAACCGAAUGCGGAUGUGAGAGGGUCACAAAAACCAUCCAAGGAACACAUAAGAUUUGUGACUCGACAAAAGAGAGCUGAUACAAAGAAAGCACUAAAAGACCUUCUCUUCAAAAAUGGGGCGUCUAAAUUUUCAUUUCCGGAUGAAGAGCCAAUACCGAAGUUUGAUGGCGCAAAUGGAUGGGAUACGCACAAAUCAAAUAGCUCCUGCAAGAAAGGCAGACCUAAAGUUUCUGCUAGACGUUCUAAGAAAUCCCAUCACAACAAAAUGAAACGAAAGUUCAGGGAUUCUGAAGAAUUUGAUGAUUCUGAGACAACCUUUCAAGAAACAUAUGGGAAAAGAUGGUAUACUUGGUCUUUCAGAUCAUGGAAUGAGCCUCCUUCCCAAAGUUCAACAUCUGGAUUUGAGUGGAGAGAUCAUUCAAACCGAACAAACCAUAGAACUGAGCAGUGGGCAAAUUCAAGCGAGUCAGAGGAUGAGUUCUUUUCUGUAGGAUCAUCUUCUGAUAGAACCCUUCUUGGCCUGCCUCCAAAAGGACCUUUAAAGAUUGAAGAUGUAAAAAAUGCUUUCCGCUCGUCAGCUUUGAAAUGGCAUCCUGAUAAGCAUCAGGGUCCCUCACAGGCAGCGGCUGAGGAGAAGUUCAAACUGUGUGUUAAUGCAUACAGAUCAUUAUGCAAUGCUCUUGCCUGAGUUCUAACCUUCCUAUGUUGUGGUAGGGAUGUCUGACGCAUUCGGCUUUUCCAUCGGGCAUCGUUUCAAAGAAGCUACAAUAACAUAGCAGAACAGGAACAAGAACUGUAUGAUGAAUAUUUAUUUGAUUUAUUAUCAUUCUUCAGUAGUUGACUCAUUGCCAAGGAUCUUGAUAGCUCAAAUGUUAUAUUCUAACCAGCCAUUCUGGUAAUUUUAUAGUUGCCCUGAUCAAUAAUUAUUUCAACAACUGAGUUUAGCUAUC